AUGCGAGCUCCGCCCAGGAGCAGGAGUUGCGAAACUGCGACUCUCGUGGCAGAGGUUCGCGCAUGUGGGCGGAAUGGAGAUUGGGCCAGGGCUGAGGAGCUCCUGUAUGAGGCCCAGGAGGCGUCCUUGCGCCUGGACGUGGCGUGCUUCAGCGCCCUGGGCUCCACCCUGCGAGCGCAGUGGCCACGAGCGCUGCACCAGCUGGAGGUUUGUACACUUGUAGGCCUUCGUCCUGAUCAGGUUUCUCUGAACGCUGCUGUUUCGGUGGCCAACGACUGGUACCGUUCCCUGGACUUGAUCCGAAGUUUUGAGAUCCUCCAGUUGCAGAAGGACAUUGUUGGCUUUGGCGCAGCUGUCACAGGCUCCGCAAAGACUCGGGCUUGGUCAGCUGGGUUGAACCUUUGUCAGGCUCUGGCGGGCCUGGGCCUUGAGACAAGCCAGACAGCAGGCAAUGCCCGUGUAGCUGCGGCCACAGCUGGAGACUGGUCGCUGGCAGGGGAGGCGCUGCGGUCGAACAGAAUCCGCCAACUGGAACUGGAUAUCGUCGCCUUCGGCACGGUCCUCGGUGGACUUCGGUGGCGCGGCGCGAUUGCGCUUGGCGACAAGGCGAGGCAGACCGUGGGCGAGAAUGUUGUGCUCCUUGGUGCCCUGCUCGAUGGUUUUGCGGGAGAAGGGCUCUGGGAAGCGGCACUGACCAGGUUUGCGGCCGCUAGGCGGACAUCCAUCCGCUGCAACACCACGGCACUCAAUGCUGCACUCAGUGCCGCGGAGAAGGGGGGGCGCUGGAGGCUUGCCAGCUGGCUGUUGGCUGCAGUCGCGGCUGCAGGCUUGGCAUCGGAUGUGAUCUCAGUGAACUCGGUGGUCAGCUCUUGCCGCACCACGCGACGGUGGCCGCAAGCAUUCAGUCUCCUCCUUCAGGCGUCCGACCACAGCAUUGAACCGACCACUGUGAGCCGCAAUGCACUGCUAAGCGCUUAUGAGAGCGCCGGAGAAUGGCAGCGUGGUCUUUGCUUGGCGGGUGAAUCUCAACAGGAUACUACGGCCGCCAAUGCGCUGCUCUCAGCUUGCGAGAAGACCUCGCGCUGGAGCACGGCGCUUCUGCUGGCUCCCGAAGCCCCGGACGACGCAGGCUAUGGAACCUUGGUCACCGCCAUGGCACUCGCCGAGAAGUGGCAGUGGGGCUUGUCUCUUUUGGGAAGCAUGGGUUCACGAGAUCUUCGACCGUUUAGCUACUCCUACCAGAGCAUACUUGCCUCGGCGAGUGAAGCGCUGGGCAAGAAGCUUGCAAUCGCUGGCCGCCAGCGCAGCUUUCAUGGCCCAAAUGCUCCAUGUGAGACCAUGAGUGCCUGCCGGGGAUACCCCGCAGACACUCAAGAUUGUGGCUCCAAGGUCGAUGGCCGGUCGGCCGUUGUGAGCAGCGUUGGCGAGCCCUCUCGUCAACGGGCGAAUGACUCGGUGGUUUCUUCCAGUGCCGCUAGCUUCGGAACGUUGAAGACUUAUCAACCCAGGGACAGCAUGAAGGAUUUGAAAGUCUUCGCCGAUUCUUUUGCAGGUCACCUUCGGAUUGUCAUGAGCCACCUCUUGCAGACUGACGAGGACUUGUCAACAGCUGUUGUAGUCACACACAGUCGUCUUGUAGAUCUCGUCGGUUCAGCACAGACGGUGUUGUGGAAGCUUUCGAGUACAGCAUGCAGCACCUUCGAGAAGCUACCUUCUCUGCUGUGGGCUUCCCGCUGUGGUGGCAAGGAGAACGAGCUAGAUGAUUCGAUUUCCGAGAUUCAUAGCAGCAUGGCUGUGUUGCGCAAAGAGACACAGGCGAUCCGCAACGAUUACAUCGAGCUGCUCAAGCAGGUACAGUACGUGGGGCACUGCACGCAGGUCACGAUGGAUCAGGCGGUGAUAAGCUCUUUGCCAGAACCGGAUGAGGAUGAGCAUGGCAUCUUGGAGUGCCCACCAGCCAGCCCCGAGUUCAACGAAGCCCAGCGAAAGUCACAGAAGAGCUUGCAACUCACCCUCGCUCACCUUGAAGGCAUCUGCCAGAUGAUGGAAGAUUGCUCCGACUUCUGGUUGAUGCUGCACCAUGCAGAGCUCCAGCUCCGUAAGCUUGAGAAGGAAGCCUCGGUGAUCCGCGAUGGCAAGCCUUGUACAAAGACUGAGCCAGAGCAUGAAAGCAACUCGUGCAUGAAAAAAUUCUGUGAGCAUCUGAAGUCCUUCUGCGGCGUACAUUGUGGCGUGCCGCCAACCAAUAGUUUCAAAGUCGCGGAGAUUUCAACCCGCUGA